AUGGCGCCGCAGAAUGUCGAGGACUCUCAGCUCUUUGCAGAGGCGAGGGCUCAGGGCAAGGUCAUCGUCAAGGAUCCACCCAAGUUCGAUUUCGAGUCCUACAUCGCCAACUACCAAGGCAGGACCCGUUUGGAGCGGUUGCAUCUGAUUGGCACCACCUCCACCUACCUUUGCGUCGAUGCGCUGCACGCCGCCAUCGCCGAGGCCAAGCAGGGCAAGGACGUCAACUUCUACACCCUCGUUACCGACAAGCUCCACCAGCUCGACCCUAAUGACCCCCUCGGUGUCCCCGACGUGCAAUGGUGCGAGCGCAAGGCGAAGGAAGUGAAGUCCGAGCUGGAGAGCUUGGAGCAGCAGCUCAAGCAAUACAAGAACAACCUGAUCAAGGAGAGCAUACGGAUGGGCCAUGACGAUCUGGGCCAGUUCUACACGAGCAUCGGUGACCAUGCGUCCGCCAUGAAGUCAUAUGCGCGCGAGCGCGACUACUGCAAUACCACCUCGAAUGUUGCCGACAUGUCGCUGAAGCUCGUAUAUUCCAGCAUCCUUCAGCGCAACUGGACAACGGUCAACUCGAACGUCUCCAAGAUUCAGCCAAUGACGUUGAAGCCCGAGGACAAGACCAAGCUGGAUUCUAUCUGCAACGCUAUCCUUGGUCUUAGCCACCUGGCAACUGAAAACUACAGGGAAGCCGCCAAGCAGUUCCUCCAGGUCAACCCAAGCUUCGUGACAACAGAAGCGCAGGCAAACAUCACAUGGCAGAAGCAGGUGCUGACCGGCAACGACAUUGCCGUCUACGGCGGCCUCUGUGCUCUCGCAUCCAUGGACCGCUCGGAACUGCAGCGACUUGUGCUUGAAAACAACGACUUCCGCCAGUUCCUCGAACUCGAGCCGCACAUUCGCCGUGCCAUCUCGUUGUUUUGUGGCAGCAAGUACACGCAAUGCUUGGAGAUUCUCGAGGCCUAUCGCACCGACUACCUCCUGGACAUUUACCUCAACCCGCACAUCAAGGAGCUCUAUGGCAGGGUUCGAAGCAAGAGCAUUGUUCAGUACUUCAUUCCCUUCAGCUGCGUCACACUCGAACAGAUGGCCACGGCAUUCGCCCCUGUCGGCGAUGUCUCGAUCGAGGACGAGCUGACUGAGAUGAUCCAGCGGGGCGCGCUGGAUGCCCGGAUCGAUUUGGUCGACAAGCUCCUCAUAUCCCCACCGACCAACCCUCGUACGCAGGUCCACGCCAAUGCUAUGAAGAUGGCCCAGGAUUUCGAGCAUUCCCUCCGUGUCCACCUCGUACGCUUGAACAUGAUGAACGAAGGCCUCGUCGUCAAGGCUCCCAAGGGCCAUCCUCAGCAGGGCCAGAGCCAGACGCUAGAAUCGGGCUUUGACCCCGUGCAGGCUGCGCAGUCCACCGGCAAAGGCUGGGUGAGCUGA